AUGUCCACCGAAAUGUCAACGCCAGCAGCACCGUGGACAGAGCACCGCACGCCUGAAGGGCGCCCUUACUGGUACCACACGAUCGAAAAACGCUCGGUAUGGGAGAAGCCAUCAGAGCUCAAGACGCCUCGCGAGAGAGCACUCGAAGCCACGCCUUGGAAAGAAUACAAGUCAGGCGAUCGAUCGUACUAUGUCCACAGCGUCACCAAGCAGUCCACUUGGACGCUGCCUGCUGAGCUCAAGCAGAUUCUCGACCAGUAUCCCAUCGAAGGUGCCGCACCUAGCUCGGCAGCUGCGCCAGCGUCUCCGCUCGUUGGGGGUAACACGCAGUCGCCCGCGUUCGCUCGGUCGCCCGUAGCUUCGCAGAGUCCCUUCCCUGCCAUAGGCCAAGCAUCGCCAAACUACGCCGCAAGGGGUGCCAAUGUGAACUCGCCAAACCCCAUGAAUCACCGCCCAAGUGCUGCUGGGCCCGCUUCCGGCUCAAACACCCCCCUAGCAGCAUCCACAUCUUCGUCCCGCCAUGCUGUUGCUGCUCCUGCUGCUGGUCCGCCGUCCGCGCACCAAACCAUGUCCGGCACCACCGAAAUCAACUUCAAAGGCGACAAAGAAGCGGCCGAAGCCGCUUUCAUCCAGCUCCUAGCCGAUACGGGAGUAGACGUCGACUGGACGUGGGAAACCACCAUGCGCAGCAUCAUCACCAACCCCCUGUACAAGGCGCUCAAAACGAUCGCCGAACGCAAAGCCGCAUUCAACAAGCACAUUGACUCUCUCCGUAGUCGACGUGCGGCUGAAUCUGCUGCGCGGUGGGAGCAGCUCAAGCCCGAAUUCCGGCAGCUCGUGGACGGCGAUGAGCGGAUCAAGGGGUAUUCGAGCUACGCAACGGCUCGCAAGUUUUUGUCGGGGACGGCGACGUGGAAGAAGGCGACGAGUGAGGAGGAGGCGCGCGAGCUGGUGGAGGCUGUACUGAGGGAUGUGAGGGAAGCUGAAGGGUUGGAGGCAGAGACGGUGAGGAAGAGGAAUAGGGAGAUGCUCAUGGCACUGCUCAAGACGUUUGAAGCCGACGUGUUGACGCGCUGGAGGGAUGCGCAUCGGACAAUCCUCGAGUCGCAGGAAUACGUCGAGGAUGCGCAUUUGAGCUCGAUGGAUCUCAGCGACAUGCUGGCGGUGUUUGAAGAGCUCAUCAAGGGCAUUGAGCGGGAUGCGGAUGCUGCAGCGCGCAAAAAGGCCACCGCGAGGCGGCGCAAAGAGCGGCAGAACAGGGAUGCGUUCAAAGCGCUCCUGCGUGGCUUGCGCGAGGAGGGCAAGAUUCAAGCACGAUCGACAUGGGGCGAAGUGUUCCCGCUCCUCAAGGACGAUCCUGCCUUCCUUAACGCACUGGGCCAACCCGGAUCGACGCCGCUCGACCUCUUCUUCGACCUGGUCGACGAGCUCGACCAGCAACUCGAACGACAAACCGCCGACGCUCUGCAGCACAUCUCCAAGCAAGGCCACACCGUCGAACCGUCUACCAGCCAAGCUGACUUUAUCGCGUGGACGGCGGGAGUCGAUGUCCCGCGCGAGACGCUCGACCAGAUCUACCGCGAGCUCGUCGCCUACCUCGCCGAAGAAGCCGAGCGCAAGCUGGCCGAGGAGCGCCGCAAGUUGGAGCGCAAGCACCGGCAUCGCAUCGAAGACCUGCGCUAUGCGUUCAAGAAGGUGGACCCGCCGCUGGACCUGGACGCACCCUGGCAGGAUGUGGUGGCGAGGGUGGAGCAGCUGCAGGAGUACAAGGACGCGCAGAAGGAGGAUGCGAGGGUGGCCGAGUGGGCGUGGGACAAAUUUGUCCGGCGGCAGAAGGAGAAGGAGCGCGAGGGCUUGGACGGACGUAAGAGGAAGGAGCGCGAGGAGCGCGGUGGUUCGCACGGAGACAAGGCCGCUGGUGAUGGCGAGGAGGCGGCCAAGGAGACGGCUGCGAAGAGGGUCAGGCGCGAGAAUGGCGACGACGACUCGGAGCCUGAGGAAGGUCAAGUGUAG